CUGACGCGGUGCGGGCUAAUCAUCCAGCGCGUGUUGGCUCUGUAUCUGUGCACCGGCUUAUUCGCGCCGGCGGGGGAGGCGGCAUGUACCUCACCAGCGAACAUCCAGCACAACCGGCACAGCACAGCAGGCCACAACAUGGCACGCGAGGAGGCCAGCAUCGUCGCCCAGCACGUCACAUUCGGCGGCAUCAUCGUGUUGCUCAUCGCCUACUUCGCCCUCGCCGUCCUCCUCGGCUUCCUCCGCGCGCCACGCUACCCCGCUGCGAUCCCGUGGGUUGGCCACGGUAAGGGCUGGGCGGCCGCGCUCAGAAACUGCUUCGCUGGCUUCACCAGCAGCAAGCGCUGGCUGCAGGAAGGCUAUGAGAAAUACAGCAAGCACGGCAAGACCUUCGUCCUGCCGUCCAUGCUGGGCGCGCCCGCAGAGACGGUCAUCCCACGGUCGCAGAUGAGCUGGAUGCUCGACCAGCCCGACGCAGUGCUCAGCACCAGCGCGGCCCACUACGACAUCUUGCACGGCGAGUAUUCGUUUGUGAAGCCCAUCAUUCUGAAGGAUCCGUACCACGAGCACGUCGUGCACAAGAACUUGGCCCGCAACCUGAACGCCGUCAUUCCCGAGCUGGACGACGAGCUGUGUCGCGGCGUCGACGAGCUGUGCGGGUCCGAUGCGCGCGCUUUCAAGAAGAUCAAUCUGCUGGAGGGCUUCAUGAUGCGCCUGAUUCCCAAGGCCACGAACCGCAUGCUCGUCGGCGAGCCGCUGUGCAGGAACCAGGACUUCCUGGAUAACAUGCUGGCCUUUACCAUGGAUGUGAUCCGCGGCUUCUUCAUAUUCGCCCUUGUCCCGAGGGUGCUGCAUCCGGUUGUUGGCACUGUUGCCGGACUGGCGCCCAAGUACCACUACUGGAGGACGCGGAAAUGGAGUCUGCCGCUGAUCAAGGAGCGCCUAGAGGAUAUCAAGAAGAAGGACGCAGGCGAACCGGCAUACAACGAGUGGAAGGAGCCGAAUGACUUCGUCACGUGGAGUAUCCGGACUGCCAUGGCCGAGGGGAGGCGAGAUGAGCUGGAUCCGGGCAGAAUCGCUAUCAGGAUCAUGCCCAUCAAUUUCGCAAGCAUCCACACGACUGCCAUGACUGGACACGCAGUUCUACUCGAUAUCCUGAGUACGGACCCGAGCGUCGUUGAAGGCUUGAGGCAAGAGGCGGAACGGAUCUGGAAAGAGGAAGGCGGCAAGUGGACGAAGCAGGGAUUGGCGCGCAUGUAUAGGAUGGACUCCGCGAUUCGCGAAUCUCAGCGCCACUCUGCCUUCGCACUGACGUUUGUGCAGAGGAAGGUCAUGGCCAAGGAAGGGAUCACCAGCCCGGAGGGCCUGCAUUUCGAGUACGGGACGCUCCUAUCAUGUCCGUGGACACCGGUGGCGGGUGAUGGCGAUAUCCAUGAUCGACCGGACGAGUACGAUGCGUUUCGAUACUCGAGAGCCAGGGAGGAGUACGAGACUAUGAACCCAGAGGAGAAAGAGAAGGUGGACGCGUUGAAGAUGAAGCAGAAUGGAUUGGUAACGACAAGUGAUAGGCAUCUCGCGUUUGGGCACGGAAGGCAUGCAUGUCCGGGUCGCUUCUUCGUCGCACAUGAGCUGAAGAUGAUGUUUGGGCAUCUACUCAUCAACUAUGAUGUCAAGCACUUGGCAGAGAGGCCAAGGUCGAUGUGGGUGGGCCGGAAUAUGGUGCCUCCGACGGCGUACAUCGAAGUGAGGAGGCGGAGGAUACAGAAUGCAUAGCUCUUUCGGAUUUAGCGGGAUUAGACCCAAACGGCCCUAGGUGCACGCAAAUUCCGAACAGUGGCUUACCCUUUGGCUUAUCCGUACUUUCUCCAUAU